GCCAUCCCGGGUACUACUCGACUUCCACCUUGCAUUAUGCUCAACCACGGCCAGCUGUUCACGACAAGAAGGUCAAGAGAUCCUGACAUGUGCGUAACUUCCUUAUUCGGUCCCUCAGUGAUUACUGAAACCCAAGUGACCGCGUGCCAUGUGCGGCUCAUGAUGAGAUCAUCAUAGACUGCAGGGUAGAGUGAAACUCAAUAUCUCUCUUCGAUUCCACUGUCCACAUAUCAUCUACUUCGUGAGAUCACGCACGUAUUCCAAACCACAAGCACACGGAAGACAACAUGUAUUCCAUUCGCCGCACUCUGCCUGCAGCCCUCCGCCUCCAGCAUCCAACCCGCUCCCUUUCCACGACUCGCGCUCUACUUGCAGACCCACCGCCCGGAAACCAAUCGCCCUCAGCCAAACAGCAUGGUCGUACAAGCCAGCCAGUAGACGAUCCGCAGUCGUCGGCCGCCUCUAGGGACCCAAACUACACGCAGACGGAAGGCGACGACAAUCCAAUGAAGCAGCCGGAUCGACAAGUGCCGAGUGAGCGGAGCACGGGUUUUCAUGAAGUGGACGAGGUGAAAGGAGGUAAGGAAGGUCUGGGCGCUAGAAGUGACAAGCCGUCAUAGUUGCGAAGUUGGAGACCGCAAGAAAUUCCCACUGGCGUUCGCGUGCGAUAAGCCACUGCGGAGGCGGUGGCAUUGUACCAUAAGCAUGCAUGAGGGAAAGAUUGCACUGUGGAGUUAUGUAUGACUCUGCAAACAUUGUGGUAGGCUCUCCAUUGUGAUAGGCUACGGUGCGCGUGGUAGCAGUGUACGAUAGGUACAUAUAUGUGGGAAGGCGUAGUCCCUGACUACUCCGAGUUUGCAGACAUUCCCAGAAGAUUCGAUAUGUGAGUAGGUGCUGCGGAAGCGAUAGCGUGGUGUCAACGGCAUUGG